AUGGCUCCGAACCCCAAUUCCCUGCUCGCUCGUCACCGCCAGCUGGCGCCCACGGCUUCAAUUCGUGUCUCGCCGCUAUGCCUCGGCGCUAUGACCUUCGGCGAGUCGCACCAGGACCGCUACGGUGAAUGCAGCAAAGAGGACGCUUUCGCGAUCCUCGACCACUUCUACAGCGAGGGCGGGAACUUUGUCGAUACCGCUAACGCCUACCAGGACGGCGAGUCGGAGAUGUGGGUAGGCGAGUGGAUGGCCAGCCGCAAGAACCGCGACCAGAUCGUCCUGGCGACCAAGUACUCGACCGGCUACAUGGGCGCCCAUAAGGACCAGAUCCAGUCCAACUACACCGGUAACGGAUCCAAGAGCAUGAAGCUGUCGCUCGAGGCGUCGCUUAAGAAGCUGCAGACUAGCUACAUCGACCUGUUCUACGUCCACUGGUGGGACUUUACCACUACCAUCCCCGAGCUGAUGCAUAGCCUCAACGACUUCGUCGUCUCCGGCAAGGUGCUGUACCUCGGCAUCUCCGAUACACCCGCCUGGGUCGUCUCCAAGGCCAACGAGUACGCGCGCUGCCAUGGACUGCGCCAAUUCGUCGUGUAUCAAGGCAUGUGGAACGCAGCGAUGCGGGACUUUGAGCGCGACAUCAUCCCCAUGACCCGCGACGAGGGCAUGGGCCUGUGUCCCUAUGGCGUGCUCAACCAGGGCCGCUUCCAGACCGAGGAGGGCUUCAAGGAGCGAGAGAAGAACAACCCGGGACGCAAAUUCAUCCCGCUGUCGGAGCGCGACAAGAAGGUGUCCAAGGUGUUGGAGAAGAUUGCCAGCGCCAAGGGCGUCAACCUUCUAAACCUAGCGCUCGCGUAUUGCAUGCAGAAGACGCCGUAUGUCUUCCCGAUUGUUGGGCAGAGAAAGGUGGAUCAUCUAAAGGGCAGCAUUGCUGGCUUGGCCGUCUCCUUAACCGAGGACGAGAUCAGGGAGGUUGAGGCUGCUUACGAGUUUGACCACGGGUUUCCGCACACCUUCCUCAGUGGUACGCUGUUCGAUGGCUCUACUCCCAGACAGGCCGAGGGUCCAGGCGAUGUUGGGAUGACAAAGCUCGGCGGUACCUUCGACUGGGUUGAGGGGCCGAGGGCCAUCAGGCCGCCUAAGAAAGAGUAA